AGGAGGGAGUGAGUGGGGGUGGCAGGUAGCCAGGCUGCAGAGGGAUCAAGUUAGGGCACGUUCAGUUUCCUUGAAAUGCCACGUUGGGGGCCUGUGGGGCUGACGUAUAAAUCCCCACUCUGGGCACCUGGCUCCUGGCUUUCUUUCCUGCGUUGCACUCUGCCUCCUGGUCCGAUCCAAGAUGUCCAGUCCCCUGGAGCAGGCGCUGGCUGUGAUGGUCACCACCUUCCACAAGUACUCCGGCCAAGAGGGUGACAAGUUCAAGCUGAGUAAGGGGGAGAUGAAGGAACUUCUGCACAAGGAGCUGCCCAGCUUUGUGGGGGAGAAGGUGGAUGAAGAGGGUCUGAAGAAGCUGAUGGGUGACUUGGAUGAGAACAGCGAUGAGCAGGUGGACUUCCAGGAGUACGCUGUUUUUCUGGCCCUUGUCACUAUCAUGUGCAACGACUUCUUCCAGGACUGCCCAGGCCGGCCCUGAAGCCACACUCCGGGUUCCCUGCCAUGGGUCUCGUAGGCCCAGGACAACUCUCGAUGCCUUUUAGUUUUGUACUGAAUAAAUUUCUUGUUUGUUGAUAAUA